AUGAGCAUCAAGGAGGUUCAGUUCGCGUCCUUCACGGACCAGAAGCCCGGAACAUCUGGUCUUCGAAAGAGGACCACUGUCUUCCAGCAAGCCCACUACAGUGAAUCCUUCGUCACCAGCAUUCUUCUGUCUAUCCCAGAAGGUGUAGAGGGCUCAUUCCUGGUUGUUGGUGGUGAUGGCCGGUACUGGAACCCCGAGGUCGUCCAGUUGAUCGCAAAGAUCGGUGCCGCAUACGGUGUCAAGAAGCUGCUCGUCGGCCAGAAUGGCAUUCUGUCCACACCUGCUGCCAGCCAUGUUAUCCGCAAGAGGAAGGCCACUGGCGGCAUUCUCCUGACUGCCAGCCACAACCCUGGUGGUCCCAAGAACGAUUUCGGCAUCAAGUACAACCUGGCCAACGGUGGCCCCGCUCCCGAGUCGGUGACCAACAAGAUCUACGAGGUCUCCAAGACCCUUUCCUCGUACAAGAUUGCCGAUAUUCCCGAUAUCGACAUCUCUACGGUCGGCACCAAGACCUACGGCCCUCUAGAGGUCGAGAUCAUCGACAGCACCGCCGACUACGUCGAGAUGCUGAAGGACAUUUUUGAUUUCCCCUUGAUCAAGAAGUUCUUCACCGAGCACCCUGAUUUCAAGGUCCUCUUCGACGCCCUCCACGGUGUCACAGGUCCUUAUGGAAAGGCUAUCUUCGAGGAGGAGCUUGGUCUUGUCGGCUCCACCCAGAACUGCGUGCCCUCGCCUGACUUCAACGGAGGUCACCCAGACCCCAACCUGACCUACGCACACAGCCUUGUCGAGGAGGUCGAGAAGCACAAGAUUCCCUUCGGCGCUGCCUCCGACGGUGACGGUGACCGCAACAUGAUCUACGGCACCAACGCCUUCGUCUCCCCCGGUGACAGCUUGGCUAUCAUUGCCCACCACGCACAGCUCAUCCCCUACUUCAAGAAGCAGGGCGUCUAUGGUCUGGCCCGGUCUAUGCCCACAUCCGGUGCGGUCGACCUUGUUGCCAAGAAGCAGGGCCUGAACAGCUACGAGGUGCCAACUGGCUGGAAGUUCUUCUGCGCCCUCUUCGACGCUAACAAGCUGUCCAUCUGUGGCGAGGAGUCCUUCGGCACGGGUUCCAACCACGUCCGUGAGAAGGACGGUCUCUGGGCCGUUGUCGCCUGGUUGAACAUCAUUGCCGGCCUCGGUGUCGCCAACCCAGGCGUCACGCCCAGCAUCAAGCAGAUCCAGAAGGACUUCUGGACCGAGUACGGCCGCACUUUCUUCACGCGGUACGACUACGAGAACGUUGACUCGGAUGGUGCCAACAAGGUCGUUGGCACGCUCGCCAACCUUGUCGCCGACAAGAACUUCAUCGGUAGCAAGGUCGGUGACCGCACCGUCACCGGUGCCGGUAACUUCUCCUACACCGACCUUGACGGUUCCGUCUCCUCUAACCAGGGUCUGUACGCAACAUUCUCUUCGGGAAGCCGGAUCAUCGUCCGUCUGUCUGGCACAGGCUCUGCCGGAGCUACUAUCCGCCUGUACAUCGAGCAGCACAGCUCCGAUCCUUCGACGUACGACCAGGAUGCUCAGGACUUCCUCAAGCCUGAGAUCCAGAUGGCGACAGAGCUGCUGAAGUUCAAGGAGUACGUCGGCCGUGACGAGCCCGAUGUCAAGACAUAG